GCAUGCAGUUGAGUAGUUUUGGCAUUUGUUGAUUGGAAUGCAUUUUACAAAAUGAAUAGAUUCGAUAUGAAAGUUGUAUUAAGUUUAGUUUUGAUGUUCUCAUAUGUGGCCAAUGGCGCCAUCAGCUUCGGUCGUGGACAUUAUGAUCGUCGUGCUCUUAUGGGUGCACCUCUGCCAACUGGUACAGCCUCUGCUGGCGGUGUUUUCGAUUUAUCCAAGUGUGCCGGAGCCAAAGGAGAUGGAGUUACUGACAUGACUACGCAACUAAACCAGGCGUGGAAAGAUGCUUGUAGUUCAAAAACACCUGCAAAAAUUUUAAUACCGCUGGGGAAUUGGUUAGUAGGAGAGCUCAAGUUUUUAGGGCCCUGCGCGAGUCCAGUAACUAUUGAAGUUCAGGGUACAUUAAAGGCGAAGCCAGAUCUCGCAUCGUUUCCUUCUGGCAUGUGGAUUAAUAUCUUUCAAGCUAGUGGUGUUCAUAUAACUGGUGGAGGCACUCUACACGGACAAGGUGAAGCCACUUGGAAGACCAAAAAACCUGGUGACAAAGCUUUUCCAGACUCUGUUGUGUUCAGUCAGUGUCCUAACUCGGGUAUCGAAAAUGUUCAUAUAGUUAACAGCAAAGGUUUCAAUUUGAAAGCUGUUCAGUCUGAUGGUUUCAAGGUUAAUUCGGUGACCAUAUCUUGUGGGCUAGAUGGUUCAAACACCGACGGUAUCCACAUAGCUAAAAUUAAGGAUGUAAGUAUAACUAACACUGUCAUCGGAGUAGGAGACGAUUGCAUUUCAGUCGGAGAUGAUAGUGUUGGUGUCACCAUCGAUAAGGUCACUUGCGGCCCAGGGCACGGUAUCAGUAUUGGUAGUCUUGGUAGAUACCCAGAUGAGAAAGAUGUUAGAAAUGUUGCUGUCACAAAUUCUAUAUUCAAAAACACUGACAACGGUGCCCGAAUCAAAACAUUACACGAGUCACCAUCGCUGGUAGCAAGCAACAUUUCAUUUAUAGGCAUAACCAUGGACAAUGUGACAAAUCCGAUUAUAAUUGAUCAAAAUUAUUUUGCGAACAAACCAGGGGCCUCCAAGGUGAAGAUCGCAGGAGUUACUUUUAAAAAUUUUAAGGGCACCACAAAUUCAAUCAAAGCAGUAACCUUAAAAUGCAGUACUGCUGUUCCGUGUCAAGGGGUCAGUCUUACGGACAUUGAUCUUACUUACUGUGGAAAAGAUCCAGCGGCCAAACUCACAUCAAUAUGUGAAAAUGUUAAACCUACGGUUGGCGGUAAAAUGAACCCUCCAGGUUGUUAAAGUUUCUUACGCGUGGGGAGAGAUUACAGUUACUAAAUCUAGCUCAGAUCAUAACUGUAAGGCGAAUGAGAUUAAUUGAGAAGAUAAACACCAGAGAAGCUGCAGCCCACUCAUUUUGUACAGUAUAUAUCUAGUUUAGCAACAUGUAUGUAGAAUCACUAACCAAAAACAAAAGGAUUAGAGAAGUGGUUUAGCAGCCACAUAAAAAUGAAAAACCAUAUUACAGUAGUGUACAGAGUUUUCAAUUUUUAAUCAUAGAAGUUCUGGUAGCUCCCCUUGCACCCUUGAUUAACAAGAAGGAUCACAUGAUUGGUCUCUGUUUAACAGUUAAUGCAGCACGAAAAAGCAAAUUAACUUGCCUUUCCAUUUUCAUUGGAAAUUGCAGUCUCUGCUACCUCCCUUGUAGAAAAUGAGACGAAUCCAUAGGCAGCGCAAUUUCCUGUAGGAGUUUUAAUAAAAAUAACUCUGGUUGAAACCGUCUUAAAUUUGACAGCAAAUGUUCUUUG